AUGCUAGAACUAGAUGACACACACAGGGUGACAAAAAAACUUCCUAUUUCCAUAGACUCUGCCAAGAUUAAAGGCUCUAGAAGUAAAAUCACAAGUCUAAAAAAUGGGGACAAUUUCAUCACUGAACCUGCUGAACUGGCUGCUCUUGUAGUGAAUUAUUAUUCUAAAAUUUUUGGUUUUGUAGGUGUGGUUCAAGACAAUGAUUUUCCAUAUAUUAUAAAUACUUUGGUUAAUGACUCUAUGAAUGAUAUUCUCACCAGUAUUCCCUCCAAGGAAGAAAUCACUGCAACUUUUUGUGGGCUUAGGAAAGAGAGUGCCCCUGGGCCAGAUGAAUUUGGUGGUGUCUCUUAUCAAACCUAUUGGAAUGUUAUUCAAGAUGAUGUUUGCAAUGCCACAUGGAAAUUCUUCAAGACUGGUUGGAUGCUUCCUAAUUUUAAUGUUAAUAUCAUUGUCCUAAUCCCCAAGACAAGUGAUGUUGACUCCAUGGAUCAUUACAUACCCAUAGCUAUAGCCAAUUUCAAGUUCAAGCUGAUUUCUAAAAUUAUUGCAGAUAGACUUGCCAAAAUCAUGCAUUUCUUAGCGUUUAAGGAACAUAAAGGUUUCAUCCAAGGCAGGAAUAUAAAUGAUUGUUUAUGCCUUGCAUCUGAGGUAGCUAAUCUUCUGGACAAGAAGACUCAUGGUGGUAAUGUAGCCCUCAAGAUCGACAUCACAAAGGCCUUUCACACUAUUAAUUGA